UCAAUACUCACUCUCAACGGCUACUUUAAAGAACCCUCUGUAAUCGAAAUAUGUCUGUAGCAACACGCAACUCCGCUCGAGCACAAAAUGCUCGGCACAAAACGACAUCCAAACUUCGAACUGCAACUCUCAACUCUACUCGAGGCAAGAAUGUUCGGAGCAAAAUGACAAAUCCGGGUUUCACUGGUGCGGACAUAGCUUUUGUUGAUCUCGAUACCCAGGAUGUCCUCGAUGUGGGAGCUCACAGCAACGCCUCUAACGGAAUUGCCGCCGCCCAGUUUACUGUGACUGAGUAUGCAGGAGGCAGCACUGUUGCCCAGAAUCCUGUGAUUGACGAUAUGGGAGCCCACUUGACUAGCAAUGCUUCCUCCGGCGAGAAUGCCGCACAUGCCGUCGUGUAUGAAGAACUCGGAGGAGGCAGGACCCAGGAUCCUGCGAUCGAUAAUGUGGGAGCUCACUUAACCAACAAUGCUCCAUCCGACGGGACUGUGGCCCAGGGAGGCAGAACUUCCGCCGAGGAUCCUGUGACCUUGAAUGCAUGAGCUGAUUUGACUAAUACUAAUACCUCCUCCGACGGGACUGCCGCUGUGACGGAGCUUGUAGGAGCUGGCUUGGCCAACACCUCCCUAGAUGGGACUACCGCCCAGGCCAUUGUGACGGAGCCUGCAGGAGCU